AGUGAACAAAUGCACACAUACACACUCGAUUCAAACUUUUGUUACACUUGAAGACUUCAAUUCGUUCUUCUUCUAAUCUUUCAUACUCAUCCUACAUUAUUGAAGAAGCUUUCCUGCAAGGAAGACUUUCGAUCAAGUUUUUGAUUGUAGUGGAAAAUGGCAGACGCUGAUGAUCCUUGGGCAAAUCACGUUCGAGGUACGCCUCUGGCUGAAGGAUCCGAUCCAUUAUCAUCAGGAAAUGAUCGAUGGAAUGGCAGUGUGAAUGGGAAACACAAAGAGACAAAAGGAGAAGUGGAAAAUGCAACCAAAUCUACUUUGACGGAAGCGGAACGAGAUACAGAUGUCGUUGGAAAUAGCUCAGUCCUGACGGAUGAAGGUGAAAUCACACAAGAUUUCGAAAACAAAGACGUUGCAGACAUUCCAGAAGAAGCACCACAUUCAAACGGAUUCUCGUACCACGCUGAAAGGUCCUCAAAUGGACGAGAAGAAACUGAGGAUAAUGUUACAGAGAACGGUGGGAUAGAGGAUCCCAAUGGCAGCGAGGAAGAAUCAGAUGAGGAAGCAUUUGUAUACCCAGGCGCAAGUACUACAACUCCUUCAAAAGAGGCAGAAUCGAAAGACGCACCAAAAGUAGAUGACCUUCAGAACAAUACACUUUCUCAAGGACCGUCUACAUCUGCUGACGUAGAGUCUGCACCUGCUCUGUAACCACUUCACCUGCACCUGCCGGAUCGGGAAUCAGUCUUUUCGCCUUGGCCAAUGAGCCAAAUCCUUCCAAUGGAUUGGU